CCACACCUAUGAGAAGGGUGUCACCAUACCUAACCAAACUCGUCAGCGGUGCACGAGCCCUAAAAACCCCGUCCAUCGAUAUAUGAGUUGAGUAUGUGUUCAGACACACCGUGAACUGUCAGCAGGAAGCAUGUGGGUUUUUGGUUACGGAUCUUUGAUUUGGAAAGUUGACUUUCCAUUCGAGGAGAAACGAGUGGGUUUCGUCAGAGGUUUCAGUCGCAGAUUCUGGCAGGGGAGUACGGAUCAUCGCGGGGUGCCUGGGAAGCCUGGGCGAGUGGUGACAUUAAUAGAGGACCCUGAGGGCUGUGUAUGGGGCGUUGCUUAUAAAUUGCCAUCAGGCAGAGAAAAAGAAGUGAAGGAGUAUCUGGACUACAGAGAGAAAGGCGGCUAUGGGGUGAUCACAGUCACCUUUCAUCCCAAAGAUGAAGAACACCAACCAAUGCAGGACACAUUGCUCUACAUCGGCUCCUGUGACAACCCAAAUUACCUUGGCCCAGCACCUUUGGAGACAAUUGCUCAGCAGAUUGUGAAGUCUGUAGGCCCCAGUGGAAAGAAUACAGAUUACCUGUUUGAGCUCGCCGAAGCCCUCAGGCAGCUUAUACCUGAAGACUUAGACGAUCACCUGUUCUCUUUGGAGCGCCUUGUGAAGGAGCUGCAGAAGGAGAUGGAGUGAUCUGCUAUCUUCUGAAAAACUCAGGAAUUUAGUCCAUUUUUUGUUCCUCAUUUAUAGAUUAUGAUAUCCGAUGCAUGCUCUACUGAAUCUGCACUUGAUUUCAAGAUGUGACAUUUCACAUCAUUUGUCUCGCUUUAAACCUUGAGAUACGAAUCAAGAAAAGGAUUUCAGUAUAUUGCACAUAAUGUACGUUGUUGCGUCCAUGAAACUGUAAUUUUCAGAGGCUGGUUAAUUUUACUCAGGAUACUUGAAUAUGUUACAAAGCCAUUUCCUAUUUAUUUCUAAAGUUCCUUGCCAUCCUAAUCUUCAAAUAAGCCAUAGCUUAUGUGAAUCUCAUGAACAUAAACAUGUUUAAAUCACCAAUUAAGCCCCCCCUCAAAAAAUAAAAUAAUUUGAAUAAUCCAAA